CUCCGUUUCUUACCAAAACCUAUCAACUGGUCGACUAUCCCGCCAUGGAUGACUUGAUUUCCUGGAACGAUGAUGGAUCAACGUUCAUCGUGUGGCGACCCGCAGAAUUCGUCAGGGAUUUGCUUCCUAAAUACUUCAAGCAUAACAACUUUUCAAGUUUCGUUCGCCAGCUUAACACUAAUGGAUUUAGAAAGGUAGUGCUGGAUCGAUGGGAAUUUGCGAAUGAUUGUUUUAGGAGAGGCGAAAAAGGACUUCUCCACGAUAUACAGCGUCGGAAGAUAACUCCUCCUGCUCCGAUUGCCGGAACUGUGACGGUGGCAGUUGUGCUGGUGGUUCAAGCAAUAGCGCGUACUGUGUCCCGUUCAACUUCGGAGACGAGCAGCUCAUCUCCGCAAAUUCAUCCCCCAUUGCGACAACGCUACAACGCACCACAGGCUGCACCACUACGCUGGAGCUUCUAGCAAAAACCUAGAUCUAGGUUUGAGAGAGGAAGAAGAAGGGAAAAGAGAGAGAGAAAGAGUAAGAAGAAGAAAGAAGAAGGAUGAGUAAGGAAAGGAAGGAGGAAGGUUGAUAAAGAAUGAGGCAAAAC